UUGUAUUUUCAUACAAUUGUUUUCGGCUUCAGUAAUAUCCUCAGUCGAAAGUGCUAUUUAAUUAUUAAGAUAUGAAUCAUUUUUCUGUCGUAUUAACUGCUGCUCUAUUCUAUUUAGUCUAAAUUACUUUGUUUAUUUGAGUUUUUCCUAACGUGUGAACGAUUAUGAAACCAGCAUUGUCUUGACGUUAAUAGCUAUAUUUUCUACAAAAAGUCAUUUUCAACUUGAUACAAUAAUGGAAACUGUUAACAAGUGUAAGGUCGUAUGGUGUGCAGCUAAUACUGAUACAGAAAAAUUUGCCGCUCUAAUGAUUAUAGCAAAAGUUUUAAGAACUGAAAACUUAUCUGAAAAUGAAAAGAAAGAAAUAUUUGAAACGAUUGGCUUUCGUUUCCUACUAAGGUUGUUGGAAACUGAAUGUGAAGUCGAAUCAGCUGUUAAUCCAUAUAAAACGUUAGCCAUUACUCUUUUGUCCUGCUUUUGUUUAAACCAAGAGUUAAUUAACAAUCCAAAUGUUCUGCUUUUCCUUCCUAGCUUAAUUGAUAUUUUAAACUGCGAUAAUCAAGAAGAAAACAAUGCCUCCAUCAAUGAUGCCUUAGAUGUAACAGCAGCAGUGGUUGUCAAUGAAAAUUGUCGCCAAAAACUGUUGGACUGUGGAAUUUUAAAUGCCUUACUUAAUCAAUACCGAAAGGUCAAAGAGGAUAAAACUCUUGCAAUAUUUGUCAUGUUCAUACUUCAGUCUGAACAUAAUGAUACUUAUGAACAAAGCGUUAGUGAAAUGCUGAAGAUGAUGGCUGUUGAAUUUCAGGCAGAACAGUCUCUACAAAAAUUUGAAUUAUGUAAUUAUAUGAUAUCUAUUCUUUUAAAAUAUAGCAAUUGUUUAGAAUUGGAAUCCAGUCAUGUUAUUCAAAUAGGCUUAACUGAUAUUCUGCAGAGUAAAGUAGCCAAACCUCAGAGAGACUCAGCAUUAAAAUUGGCCGGAAUUAUCGUCCACAAAUUUGGAUCCAGGUGGUUUUCCGAUGAUUCCGAAUCUUCAAAGUUGUUUUUCACAAUUUUAGUACAAAUCACUAGCGUUGAAAUUUGUAUGCUGCUUGAAGACAAUGCAUUAGAAGAAAUCAACAAAGAAUUGUUCCUUCUCAGCUCAUGUUAUUGUAUACUUGAAAGAAUCAUUGGAAUUAUGGUCGAUGAGAGUUUGUUCCAACCUAACAGACUUCAUUUAGAACAACUGCUGAACUCUAUAAACAUGGCCUUUAAAGCCAUUGUCAAUUUUCUAAAAACUGUAUCCUCAAGUAAGAAUGACUCAAUCACCAAAACCAGUAUCUUCCAAGAUGUAAUAAUUGCAACUGUUCGAGUAUUGUGCUCUUGGCUCGCUGAAGAAACAUUUGCCUUACAAGAAGAUGUGUUAGAAAUAUUACCUUUUGUUUUGGAUGUCUGUAAGAAUCCAUCUGAUCUUUGCACUUUAGAAGUCAAUGAUUUCAAAAUUUUCCAGUUUUUUGUUUCGCCAUUGUGCCACCUCACAGCAGACGACAAAGCUCGGCAAGUUCUACUUGAAAAUGACCUCUUGAAGAUGCUUUUUCGUUACAUGGAUUAUCAAUGGUCAACUUGUAAAGAGGAAUUUUUUGCUAAAGAAGUACCUCUGACAACUUUAUGUGGUAUUUUCUUGAACAUUGUUGUCCUUGAAGCUAAGCUGGUUGCAGACACUGAAGAGUUCUUUUAUUUCUUAAAAUUCCUUUUCAAUGCUCUUCCACAGUUGAGUCCGACAUAUAAACUGAUCCCUUUGAAGGCAAAUUUUUCUGUUUUGGGCCUUUUAAUUACCAGACAGUUUUACAAGCAGGUGCGAAUAUGUGAAACUAGUUUUUAUGGAUUUUUAUCGUCAAGUGUCAAGUUCCUCUGGGAUGCUCAUAAUGCAGAAGACAACAAUGGUAUAGUGAAUUUCGUAAUCACAAGAGAAUAUCGAGAGGUAUGGUCUGAUGUGAUGGAGCUGUGGUUUCUGGGAAUGCAGGCCCUUUCAACCUUGCUACCCAUCAUGCCUUGGAUAGCUGGUUUUCUGAUUGAAAGUGGAUGGCCUCAACACAUCAUUCAGUCAUUUUCAAGGGUGAGCGAAAGAGGUUUAGAAGGGAAUAUUAAAUCCACUUAUCAAGCAUUUUUGAGUGCUUUAGUCAAAGUCAGUCGUGAAGCUGUAUUAGCUCUGAAAGAUUGUAAUGCCAUCAUCAUUUGUCAAAAACACAAGAUGACUGAACUUGAAUCGCUUCUCCGAAAAUCUGAUUCAAUUGAUAAUCUGAGCUGAUUUUUUGUUUUUUAUUCUUUAAUCUGAAAAAGUUUUUUCAUUCACUCAUUUCUUAUUUAUUUAAGGCAUGCUGACCAGGGCCGCCGAAGGCCGACUUGGCCUCUCAUCGACCCUGGUGCUGAGUGUAUUAAGAGAUUUUUUUUAAUUUAAAAAUUACAGCAUUAUCUAUUUUGAAACAAGCAGGAUUUUUUGCUUUGCUUUUUUAUUAUGAAUUUUCUUUUCUGGUGAAACAUAAUGCAAAUAUAAAUGGUCGCUACAAUGUGUUGGUCUUGCUGGUUUUUUUUUUACUUAGAAAAAACCUGACAUUGUUAAAAAAUAUGAUGUAACCUAAAAACUUUUGUUAUUUAUCCUUAAAACCAAUGUUUUUAAAAUGUACAUGAUAGUAAGUUGAACAUAUAAAAUACAGGCUAUCCUUAUAUUGUUUUGGAUAUAAAAUGUUCUACCAUGUAUUUUUAUUCAUCUAUUAUUGCUCCCCUCUCCAUAAAGCAAUGCAAAAUAUAAUCUAAAACAUAAUUUAGAAGAUUUCAAUUUUGAGAAAUUAUUGAGGAAGACCAGUAGCGUAACUAUGGUUUCUAACUCCUCUGAGGAACUAAAGAAAUUGCGCCCUCCCCUCAGGAUUGCACACAUGGG